AUGACCAUCGUUAUCGGAGUCUUGGCGCUACAAGGUGCAUUUAUUGAACAUGUCCAACAUGUAGAAAAAUGCAUCGUCAAAAACAAAGACCAAUAUAAAGAAAAAUUAUCUGUGAUUACAGUAAGGGAUGACAAUCAACUAACCAAAUGUGAUGCAUUGAUCAUACCCGGCGGAGAGUCAACCACAAUGUCUCUUAUUGCUCAAAGGACAGGAUUUUACGAUGAUCUUCACGCAUUCGUACACGAUCCAAGGAAGGUAAUCUGGGGUACCUGUGCGGGGCUGAUCUACCUUUCGCAACAGUUAUCUAACGAGGCAGAGUUGUUAAAGACGUUAGAUUUACUGAAAGUUAGUGUGAUGAGAAAUGCGUUUGGAAGGCAAGCCCAAUCUUCCACUCGAAUCUGCGACUUUUCAAGUUUUAUUCCAUACUGUGAUGAUUUUCCUGCAAUAUUUAUAAGGGCCCCAGUGAUAGAAGAGGUGUUAGACUCGGAGGAAGUUCAGAUUCUAUAUAAACUAGAUGGAAAAGAUAAUAAUGGUCAAGAGCUAAUUGUGGCCGCAAAGCAAAAUGAUAAUAUCCUUGUCACGUCAUUUCAUCCGGAAUUGGCAGAAAAUGAUGUACGGUUUCACGAUUGGUUUAUCAGAGAAUUUGUCCUAAAAGCUCCAAUGAGUGGAUUCUAG